AUGGUCAAAGCUCUUAGCGGUCAAGGAGACCUUGGUCCAGUGAAGAUGAAGAUCGAUGGCCGCUGCCGGGUCUCUCGUAGAGGAUUAAAAGGGAUAGGAAGGCUCGGGGCGGGAACCCACAAAAUGCCUCUAGAGCUGCUUCUUGGUCGAGGGGCGAUAGCUGCAGAUGGCGUUGGGCGGAGGAUGGGAGUAACUUGGGCUUCGUACGGUUCAAGUAUCGAGGCUAGCGCAGACGGAGAGACGAGGGUCGAUGGACUGGGUGUCGGUCUGGCGUCAAGACGGAGAGGCAAAGAGAGAGAAAGAAAGGGAAGAGGCAGAGGAAGAAGAAGAAGUUGA